AUGGCUGAUAAUUUUAAUAAUGUCGAUCCAUCUACAGAAACCAUUAAGCAAAAAGAUGAACGCUUUAAGGGAUUAUACAAUUCAAUUGAUGUAAAUAAAACAGGCAAAGUAGAUUUAAAAACAUUAAAAAAAGCAUUCCAAUUCUCGAAUCAUCCAUUUAAAGAUAAUGAUGACGCUAUAACAACUAUCUUUAAUAACAUAGAUAUCAAUCAUGAUCAUAUUAUAGAUUACCAUGAUUUUGUUCGAUAUGUCUUGAAAGCGGAGCAAGAAAUCAAAAAUGGAUUUGAUAAAAUUGAUAAAGAUAAAGAUGGAAAAGUAAAUUCAGAAGAAAUUAUGAAAUAUCUAGCUGAAAAAGAGCAGUCAUUGGGAAAUGAUACCAUAGAUUUGUCUGCUAAUAGUGGAAAACUUCAAAUGUCGGACAAAGAUACAAAUACAAACAUGCCAGAAAACCACAAUAAUCUUCAAAGUAAAAAAAAUAAUUUCAAAAAUUUUAUUUCAUGGGCUUUUAAAAGUACAAAGCAACAACAACAGGAUAUACUACAGCAUAACCAUCACCAAAAAUCGGAACAACAGGAACAACAAGAACAACAACAGCAACAGAGUCUUAAAACCGAUAAUAAUAACAAUAGCAGUAAUACUAAAAUAACAGAUAGUUUACCCAAUACCAUAACUUACAAUCAAUGGAGAAAUUUUUUAAUUUUUAUGCCCAGAAAACAAGGCUCUCGAUUACACACAGCUUAUAGUUAUUAUUCCUUUUAUUUAUUUAAUGAAGAUGUGGAUCUAUCCAGUGAAGGUGAUAUGACGCUUAUUAACGAUUUUAUCAAGGGUGGUGGGUUCUUCAUAGCCGGCGGAUUAUCAGGUGUUAUUUCCAGAACAUGUACCGCCCCAUUCGAUCGUAUUAAAGUUUUUCUUAUUGCAAGAACAGAUUUAUCUUCCACACUAUUAAACUCUAAAAGUGCUUUAGCAGCCCACGCAAAGCAUCCAACUUCCGAUUUAUCUAAAAUACAGUCGCCUCUAGUUAAAGCUAUCAAGACUAUUUAUAGACAAGGUGGCUUAAAAUCAUUUUACGUCGGUAAUGGACUAAACGUCAUAAAAGUUUUCCCUGAAAGUGCUAUUAAAUUUGGUUCUUUUGAACUAACUAAGAAAAUGAUGGCUACUUUAGAAGGUGCCAACAAUCUUGAUGAAUUGUCUAAAUUUUCAACUUAUUUAGCUGGUGGGAUGGCUGGUGUUAUGGCCCAAUUCAGUGUUUACCCAAUUGAUACUUUGAAGUAUAGAAUGCAAUGUGCACCAUUAGAUAACAAGUUAAAGGGAAACAAACUGUUAAUAACCACCGCUAAGGAAAUGUAUAAUAAUGGUGGAGGAUUGAGGAUUUUUUACAGAGGUGUUGGUGUGGGUGUUAUGGGGAUUUUCCCAUAUGCUGCUUUGGAUUUAGGCACCUUUACUGCAUUAAAAAAAUGGUUUAUUCAAAGGGAAGCUUUAAAACGACAUGUUCCAGUGGAAGAUGUGACUUUAAGUAAUUUUAUAGUAUUACCUAUGGGUGCAUUCAGUGGAACUGUGGGGGCCACUUUAGUUUACCCCAUUAAUUUAUUAAGAACCAGAUUGCAAGCCCAAGGUACUUUUGCUCAUCCUUACACAUAUAAUGGCUUUUUCGAUGUUUUCCGUAAAACUGUAGCACGCGAAGGGUACCAAGGUUUAUUUAAGGGAUUAGUGCCCAAUAUAGCUAAAGUUUGUCCUGCUGUUUCCAUUAGUUAUUUAUGUUAUGAGAAUUUGAAGAAAAUAUUGAAGCUAGAACAAUAA